CCAUCACCCGUCUGGUUAGUAUAACGCGCCGACGACCAUGAGGCUGUACGUGCAUCCACUAUUUUUGUUUACAUUUCUUUCGAUCGCAUUCGCGGCCAAGCUGCCCGCGCUCGAUGUUCGAGAUUUAGAGAAAAAACUCGCCAUUGUAGCACAGGAAGCUGCGAAAGAAGAUGUUGUGCCCGUUGACAAUGGCCCUAUUAGUGAAGAAUCGACCGAUCAGAAGAUUGCCGUUAACGAAAUAGAAAAUAAUCUCCGUGUCAAAUUAGACGAUAUUCCCGUUAAAGUUGUCGUUGAAAACGUUAAAUCGGUAUUGGAAAGUGACGGCGUGAAAACUGAUGAAGAACAAAAAAGUGAAGACAGUUCUGAUAUCAAGAGAGUGGAAGUUGACCUCAACAAUCCAGGGCUGCCGCAACGUCAGGAACAUGACACACAAAAUCCCGAACACUUUGAAGAAAAAGUACCUAAAUUGAAGGAAAGCAUUGAUAACACGCAAGCAGCUUUAAAACAAGGAUUCCAAGGUGUUGCUGAUUGGAUUGCAAAUAAUGAACAAGUGAACUCUAUACAGAGUAGUCUCGAAAAUCUACAAAACAGCUUCACGAGCCAAAUUGAAAAACUGAAUAACACAGUUCAGUCUAUUUGGAAUAAAAACCAAGAUGAAAAUGAGUCAGGGCAAAUAAAAGCAAUAACUAACGUUGAACUUGGUCUGAAAACUUUAGAGAAUAGCUUCAAGAGUGGAAUCAAAGCUUUGACUGAUGAGGUCUAUAGUUCUGGUACUGUAAAGGCUGACGGUGAUAAACCAGGAGAAGGUGGAGCGACAACAGAUGGAUCAGCAUCAGGUGCAGCAAACAAUCCCUUUGUCCAGGCAUUACAAAACUUCCAAAAUACUGUAUCUCAAAGUUUAUCGAAUGUGACCAGCGCUUGGCAAAAUUAUAUUACAACAAUUCAACAAGGAAAUUCCAGCAAUAACACAAAUGCUGGCGCCGGCAGUAUUAUUUCUGGAAUAGGAAGUGGAAUACAAAACAUAUUCGUCCAAACCCCUUCCACCCCUGCUGGACAGUCCGAUGAACCGAGUGCUACCACGUCCAGACCAGGUCUACCUAUAUGGCAAGGUAUUCAAAACUCUUUACAGAAUAUAUGGAACCUGGGUCAAAAUCAAGGAGCACAAAAUACACAAAAUGACCAACCUGCCCCAGCCAGUGGACCUAUCGCGCAAGCGAUUCAAAACAAUCCCAUCGUUCAAGGAGUAGUAAACUUAAUACAGCCGAACAGGCCUGGAGCGCAACAGCCUCCAGCGGCGAAACCGACUGAAUCCACCCAGCAGGAAGGCAGCAAUGCUGUACCAGCACCCGCUGAAUCGAAACCUGAACAGUCUACUCCUGAGAAGCCACCACAGCAGUCGGUCGACGGGCCAAUAAAGAAGAUUAUUCAGAAUAAUCCAAUUGUGAAGGGUAUAUCUGGUGCUGUGCAUAAACUCACAAGCCCAGAGAGACCUAGAGACACACUGGAGGGCCAGGCGACUGAAGAUGUUAAGGGUGGGCUUUUCCUGCACGGUGGGUACGGAUAUGGCGGACACGGGGGUCACGGUGGACACGGCGGACACGGUGGCUCAAACAAAGAGCAUAGUGACGGCAAUAGGGGCAUAGAAGAAGUAAAAAGUAACGUAGAAGAAGUAAAGAGAAUAGAAAACGAGACUAAAGCAGACGAGGUAGAGAAAGAAGAGUCCAAGCCCGAAGUGGAAUCCGACAAGACUGAAUAAGUCACAACGUGUAGUGUGAUAAUAAUUUAACUUUAAUUUAUUGAUGAUUAAGAUUAAAUGUAAAUA